CGCCUCUCGGUCAGAUGGUGGGCCGGGGGUGAGCGUGGGGUUGGUGGCCACGGGCCCUCCGAGAGAGAGGUGCGCCUGUCCCGGGAAAGCGUCACUCACUGUCGCCUUUUCUCCUUGCUCCCUCGCCUGCUGCUCCUGCCCCUGCCCGGACUUCAGAGUAGCCGCCGGUGGAGUGGCCGCACCCAGCCUGGCCGCAGCCGGACGCUAUGGACGACCCCGCGGGCUGGCACAGUCUAUAGGAUGGUAGCACACAGUAAAGUGGCAGCCGACAAUGCAGUUGCGACAGACGCGAGACGGCGACUCGACCCAUCUCCAUCACCUCCUCCCAUCACUCCCGUCGUCACGACCCAGGCCGGCCGCGCUUGCCCGGAUGCCCGGCCCCGGCGACCUCCCCAGAGCGCGUCCCGCCAUGGGGGACCGGCGGCGGCCGGGGGAGCUGCCGCCCCGGGACCGGGCGACACCCACUUCCGCACCUUCCGCUCCCAGGCGGACUACUGCAGCAUCACCCGGGCCAGCGCCCUCCUGGACGCCUGCGGCUUCUACUGGGGGCCACUGAGCGUGAACGUGGCCCACGAGAAGCUCAAGGGCGAGCCCGUGGGGACCUUCUUGGUCCGCGACAGCCGGCAGAAGAACUGCUUCUUCGCCAUCAGUGUUAAGACGGCCACCGGGCCCACCAGCAUCCGCGUCAACUUCCAGGCCGGGCGCUUCAACCUGGACGGCAGUGGGGAGACCUUCGACUGCCUCUUCAAGCUGCUGGAGCAUUACCUGAGCUCGCCCCGCAAGGUGCUGGUGACCCCUCUGCGCCGGGUCAGGCUCCGGCCCCUGCAGGAGCUGUGCCGCAAGAGCAUCGUGGCCACCUUUGGGAGAGACAACCUGGGGGGCGUCCCCCUCAACCCCGUCCUCAAGGACUACCUGCAGUCGUUCCCUUUCCAGAUUUGAGUGGUCCGCCACCCCACUCCCCGUCCGCCUCAACCCCAUCCUCAAGGACCACCCGAAGUUGCUCCCUUUCCAGAUUUGAGAAGGCCCCCCCACCACACACACACACACUUUCCCUCCAUCCCCGGAAUGGAAUCGCCGCCGCCUGAUCUGUGGCUCCGGGGGUGGGAGGUGGGCGGGAGAGGGGACCGCUUCUGUUUUCGGGGGUUGAGACCCAAAACCACCAUGGGGGGGACCCGCGGUCGUCCCCGCCCUGGAGGCGGCCCCGUCUAUUUUUGUAGCAACUUACUGUAUUUUGGAAUAGAACUUGAACACCUGACUCAUGUUUACACACCACGAAGAUCUUUGCACAA